AAAGAAACCCGGCCUCUCUUCCUCCUCGAGCCUUUCCAUGCCCAUUAGUGCCGUCAGCUCCAGUGUUGAAAGACUGAAGGGGAUUUUUUCACAAGGAAUUUUUUUUCUCCCACCAAAACAAAUUUCCAACAACAUGACCUCUAAUUCCAAUUUAUCCAACAUGCGACGGCUGGUGGAACAACUGAAGCUCGAGGCCAGUGUGGAGAGGAUCAAGGUGUCCCAGGCGGCUGCAGAGCUCCAGCAGUACUGUCUGCAGAACGCAGGCAAAGACGCUUUGCUGGUCGGAGUCCCCACAGGCAGCAACCCCUUCAGAGAGCCACGCUCCUGUGCUGUAGUGUGAAGAGGAGGAAAAAGUGGACACAACUGUGGCAUCUCACUCGCAGAAGAAAGUGAUGCGAAAUUGUUUUUAAUUAUUUUUGUUUUUGAGAAAAGCAUGAAAAAAAAAUUCUCACAAGAUUUUUUUAAAAAUAAAUGCCUUGUUUUAGCACGAAACUGUUAACCUAUUUCCACAUUAAAGGACAUUACAGAAACA